CGGUAACUACACAAAAAUAUUUGUCAGCUUUUCACGGCUCUAUAAAUAUGGAUGGAUCGGAAAAUUCGAUUCAUACUUCAGCUUAUUAAUAACCUUCAAGAGAAUGAUGAUAUUAAGCUCGUUUUUCUUGUCUUUUCUUGUAAUAUUAGCAUCUGCUGCCAAAAGACUUGAUUUGCAACCAUCUUUAUCAACUUUUCCCAUUUGUGCGGUCAGAUGUGCUCAGGUUGGAUCACCAGUCUGCGCCGAACGCAAUGGCGUUUACAAAUUAUUUUCAACUGGCUGCUCAAAAUUGAGUUAUUAUUGUAACACUGGUGAAGAGUGGAAAAGUGUUGAUAUGGAAUACUGUUAUAACAACAAUAUUUUCCCAAUAGUUUGUACAAUCCAACGAAAACAAUAUCCUGUGUGUGCCGUCAAUACGUCAGGGGGAUAUAGACGAUUUAAUAAUGAGUGCCAAUUUCUAAAUUAUGCAUGUGUUAACUACGAUCAAGAAUGGGAUCGACAAAUGGAUUGCCCCGAAAUGGUAGAUGUAGUACAAGUAUAGAGAUCAUGGACCACAAUUUUUAUCAAAUACAAAAUUGUUAUGAUUGAUAAAAUGCAUACACCUAAAAGUC